CUGCUCCCCGGAGGAGAGAGAGAGAGAGAGAGAGAGAGAGAGAGAGGAGCUCGCCAUGGAAGGAGGAGACGAGCUCGACGAGUCGAUUAGGGCACACUUCCCCCUCUCCUUCGGCAAACCCUCCAAGCCCCAGGCUCACGCCUCCGCCAUCCACUCCUCCACCCGCCGCGCCCCGCCCCCGAACCCUAACCCUAACCCUACACGGCCGAGCUACUCCGCCUCCGAGGACGACGGAGCGAUGAUCGGCCCCCCUCGGCCGCCGCCGUCGCGCGGCGGCGGCGGCGGCGGCGGCGGCGCGGGGGAGGACGACGAGGACGUGAUGAUCGGGCCUCCGAGGCCGCCGAGCUCGUCGCGGGGGGGUGACGCGGCGGAGGAUGAGGAGGACGCGACGAUCGGGCCACCACCACCGCCGCCGCCGCGUUCGCUGGAUGAGUCCGGCUACGAUUCGGAUGAGGAUUUGGAUGAUGAGUCGCCGGAGGAUUUCAAUCGGAUUCCUUUGAGCAACGAGAUUGUGCUCAGAGGGCACACGAAGGUUGUCUCGGCCCUUGCUGUUGACCAUUCAGGAUCGAGAGUGCUCUCUGGGAGCUAUGAUUAUACUGUACGUAUGUAUGACUUUCAAGGGAUGAACUCCAAGCUGCAAUCCUUCAGGCAAUUGGAACCCUUCGAGGGACAUCAAGUCCGUAGCUUAAGUUGGAGUCCAACAUCAGAUCGAUUUUUGUGUGUGACAGGCUCUGCACAAGCUAAGAUCUAUGACCGAGAUGGGCUUACCUUAGGUGAGUUCGUUAAGGGGGAUAUGUAUAUACGCGAUUUGAAGAAUACCAAGGGUCAUAUAUCUGGUCUCACUGGUGGUGAGUGGAACCCUAAAUCAAAGGAAUCCAUAUUAACUUCUUCAGAAGAUGGAUCACUGCGUUUAUGGGAUGUAUCCGACUUCAAAAGUCAAAAACAGGUUAUCAAACCUAAGCUUGCAAGGCCAGUAAGAACACCAGUUACAGCAUGUGGAUGGGAUCAUGAAGGCAAACGAAUUGUUGGUGGUGUUGGAGAUGGUUCUAUACAGCUGUGGACCAUUAAGACUGGGUGGGGGAGCAGACCAGAUAUCCAUGUUGAAAAAGCACAUACUGAUGACAUUACUGGACUCAAGUUUUCUACAGGUGGGCAAAUUCUUUUGUCGAGGAGCACUGAUAGCACACUGAAGGUGUGGGAUUUGCGGCAAAUGAGAAAACCUGUGAAGGUUUUUGAAGAUUUGCCAAACAAUUAUGCUCAGACAAAUGCUGCAUUUAGUCCUGAUGAGCAACUAAUCUUUACGGGAACCUCUGUUGAGAGAGAAGGCACUAGUGGAGGUCUGCUCUGCUUCUUUGAUCGUAGGAAACUUGAGCUUGUUCAGCGGGUUGGAAUUUCCUUAAAUUUCAGUGUUAUACGGUGUGCUUGGCAUCCGAAGAUCAAUCAGGUCUUUGCUACUGUGGGAGACAAGAGGGAAGGAGGGACUCACAUACUAUACGAUCCAUCUAUUAGUCAAAGAGGAGCUCUUGUUUGUGUUGGACGUGCACCCCGGAAAAAGUCUGUUGAUGAUUUUGAGGUGCAGCCCAUAAUUCACAAUCCGCAUGCAUUACCCUUGUUUAGAGACCAGCCAAGUCGUAAGCGCCAACGAGAAAAAGAACUUAAGGAUCCUCUUAAAUCUCAUAAACCAGAACUUCCGGUCACUGGUCCAGGCUUUGGUGGAAGAGUGGGUACUACAAAAGGCAGCCUGUUGACACAGUACCUCUUGAAGCAAGGUGGUUUAAUCAAAGAGACCUGGAUGGAGGAAGAUCCAAGAGAGGCCAUUCUUAAGUAUGCUGAUGCCGCUUCAAAAGACCCAAAAUACAUUGCGCCGGCAUAUGCACAGACACAGCCAGAGCCUGUUUUUGCAAAGUCUGAUUCAGAGGAGGAAGAGAAAUGACGAGCUAUAAUUCCAGGAUCGUAAUGUCCAUGUUCCAUUGACCAAGAUACCUUUCUCCUGCAAUGAAAAUUUGAGAUUAACUGGUGGAUAUGAAGGCUUAUGAGCAGUUAUUUUCAUACCACAAAUACUGGUUGUAAAAGAAAAGGGCAUGUAACUGCUUCGAAGAUCAGACGUUACAGGUAUUAAGACUUAAAAGAGGGUAUGUAUUUUUUGAGGAAUCCAAUGUAUCUUUACUUGAAUAGAGAUGCACAAAAUCGUUUGCAUCUGAUGAUGCAUAUUUCACAUAAUCUUCAUGUAACAUGUAACAAUAAAUACUCUCUAGUUUUAUGCUGUAAAUACUCGUCUAGGAAGUUUUCAGCUAUUGAACAAGCUUUGUGAACAAAGGAUUAUAGGGUUCUAGA